GCUACGCGUUGCUACGAGUGUUCGCGACCACGUAAUGUUGUGGUGUUCGGUCGCGUUGUUGGCUCUGGUCGCCUCCGUUCAAGGACGAGCGGUGAAUAUCAGCAACACAUGGGUCCUGCCGGAGGAAGGGUUUCCUGUCUUUUACCGCUACUUCAGGGACCGCAUCUCCUGGUACGAGGCUGAUGCGGUCUGCCAAUUCCAUCACGCCAAUCUAGUCACAGUGGAUACAACAGCGCAGUACGAUGCUGUACGCGCCUACCUCAAGGAGUUGGACAUUUCGAGCGCGGUGUGGGUCGGUCUAAUCCGAAGUAACCCUGACGGGGACUUUACUUGGACUGAUUACCGAGGCCUGAGCGGCGAAGGUUACUGGAGUUCAGCGCCCGACGCACGCGCAGCACCUCUCUGCGCAGCCGCCGACCCUGCUGCCGACUACCGCUGGGAGGCCCGCGCUUGUGGUGGACCAACUGUCGCUUCUUUCAUCUGCGAACUUCCAGUUCCGCAAUGGGCUUUAGGGAACGAAGGAUGCAUGGUGCGUGCUCUACCAGCAUUAACGAUCCUGUAUCUGCCUGAGAGUGCUGCUGUCCAACUUACCGCUGAUUGCGGCCUGGCUGGUGUAAAACGUGUGCAAUGCACAGGCAAUGUGAAACGUGAAGAUUUACUUAGAGACUUGGCAUGUGCUGAAGAAGAAGAGAUAAGUAGCACUCCUAGUUUAACAUCACCGGGUAAUAAUUGGCCAGUUUCAACUGAUGCAGCUGUUACUGAUAAUGAUAUGACAUCGACAGAAGUCACAACUGAAGACAAUAAUAUCACAACUGAACAUGAAGACGACAUUAAUCAGUCAAGUACUAUUAUUUCUACUUCCACAGUUCAAGAUCGUAAUCUCGUCACCGAUCAAAAACCAUCGGUCACAUUUGUUAACGCAAAUAAAUAUAACAGAGUUAAUUUCGAAAAGACCCUUGAUUUAGAUUUAGCUCAUAACAACAACUUACAAAGUAACUAUAUUCCGAAAAUUGCCAAUGGAGACAACUAUGUAACAAAUGAAGAUUUAGAAAAAAUGGAAGAUGAAAAGCACAUGCAGCAUAAAAUGUUGCACGAGGAAAUAGCAAGGCUUGGAAACCUUGAAAACAUAUUUACACAACCUACCGAUCAUUUUGUUCCACCACUAGUAAUGGCGAAGGCUAAAAUCAGUGAUGAUAUGACUGUUCUAUCAUUGCAAGAAAAACAUGCCCAACAGAUAGCUGAACAACAUUACUAUAAGCAAAGCGGUCAGUAUGGACAAAAUGAUCACCUUUAUCAGAGCAACGUUGUGAAAUCAACAACGGAAGAACCAAAACCAGUGUCAUCGAAUAAACCAUCUCAGAGUGAAAUACUUAAAAAUAAAGAUGAUUUGAAAAAAGACAAAUUAAAGUCUGUUAUGCCCAAAAAAUACAACGAAAAAUUGAAUGACCCUAAAAGUAAGGCUCAGAAAGUGGUAGAAACUAAACUCUUGGAAAAAUCCAAAACAUCUGCUGCGCAAAUAGAAACUACAGUUAAACCAAGUGAAACUACACCAAUGGCACAUUACAAUAAAAUGGAUGAUGAAGCCGCUAUGGAUUUGACUGUUUUCUUAAAAGAUGAACCAGAACCUCUCGAACCAAAGAUUUACUACAAUAAUUUCACUGGUGACGUGUCUAAAUUAGAAGUGAUCAAAAACAGUUCAUACAAUAAUGAUACUGAAAUUAAAUUAGUGGACAUAGAAGCUACAGAGGAAAUAAAGCACGAAGAACGUCCUAUUAAGAAAUUUGAAGAAACUACUCAAAAUAUUACAUUAAAUCAUGAGGUGAUUAAAAUUACAAUAAUUUCGGAAGGACACACGACUGAGAACCCUACUACAUUUGAAAUAACUACUAAAGUGCCUAUUAUUCAAGAAACUACUCAUAACAAUUUGGAAUUAACCAGUCACAAAGAAUUAGUCGAUGAUCUUCAAAACAAAAGUGAAGUGUUUCCAACGACGCAACCUGAGAUUGAAGUAACACAACAUGAAUUUGAAUCGCUUGGAAAUGUUUCAAGCAUUGCUGAUGUUAUGGAGGCUACAAAUGAGACAGUCGCACUGAGUCAUACCGAAUCGACUGAAAACACACCCACUACAACUAACGAAGUGCCUACUACUACUACAGCUCAAGCUAAUUCUAAUAUUUCUCAAAGCAAAAAACCUGAAGGGUCUUCGACGCCUGCACCCUUAGUUACUGAGCACACAUUGAAAAAUGAACCUUACAACGAUGAAAUACAUGAAGAAUUUGGUGCAAUGACUAAUUCAUCAGACGGGAUUGAUGAUUUCCAAUCGCCAUUACUUUCGGGUGCGAACGAACCAGCUCACCGACCGAAUAGGUCCAGGAGGCCACAGCAGCCGAAUCGAAAUAAAUUUAAUCCAUUUCGCAUAUUAGGUUAGGUAAACAAUAUCAUAUACAUACGUCAAUAACUAUUGAAUGAAUUACUGGUGAUGACUGAAACAAACCGUAACAUCUAUCGUAAUUAGAUAUAGUGAGUCACAGUCACAUUAUAAAUUGUGAUGGCACGGUGCACGUAGUUCAUUAUAUUG